AAACGGGAGACGUGCACCAGCACAGGGUAUAUGAUGUCUCAGAGUGAACCACUACCUCCAGCAUCCAGCACAGAGAAGUAUCCCAAGAUCUUCAUCAACACAGAACAGAAAAACAUGGGAAGGGUCUAUCCAUUCUCAGCCCAUGAUAACCAAGCUGCACUGCAAGAUACCAUCACCGUAUUUGAUGAUGGAUUAGGCCGCAAGAAGUGCCUGGACGAGCGUAGACAACAUAACUCCCACUUCUGCCUGUGCCACCAUGGAAGUGUGAGUGGCGUGGGGGAGACGAGGGGAGACUUCUCAGCCUAUCAGACAGACUACCAGGACCGCCAGGACACAGAGGGCUCCUCCACCAGCAGGCGUUUUCCCAGUAACCAUCUUGACAGGUCCACUGUGGCAGCUGCUGCCCAGGCAGGAGAGCACUUUAUGUGGUUCGGGAGGCAUGAUGAGGACCGUCCUGUGCCCCUUGAAGUGCUGGCAGCUACCAACUACUCCUCCUCAUCCAAGCCGUCCAGACACUCCUACCAUAUCAGGCAUUAGAUGAAUACACCAUAUUACCCAAAUACUCUUCUUUAGGAAAUCACAAAGCAACACAUCUUGAUAGUUCUC